AUGCCACGACCUGCUAAGUCAGGGUACGCCCGUAUCGCACAGGAUGAAUGGUUGAACGACUCCGACUCUGAAGAGGACAUUGAAGCAUACCGUGACGGCCUUUCUCGUACCAAGCGUACCGUAUCCAUCCAGCCGGAACCGACAGCUAUCUACCGUACACCCUCGAAUCCUCUGCCCGGCCGUCCACCAGGUCGUCCACGCCGUGACUCUUCGGGUGUCGAUAUCAAAGCGAUCAAUAACCGGCUUGAAAAAUGGGCGGAAGAAAUUGCAUCCAAGUUCAAACGAAAGUCUAAGAAGCAGCCAAGGGGUGAAAAACGACUAGAGAUAUAUUAUUCUGUGUUUGUGCCACCAGAGGGUAUGAAGGCUUUGACGCCGGAAUACACGGGUUAUCAAGAGCCUACUUUUUCCCGGGGACAAUUUGAAGAUGCGGUUGACUCGGUUCGAUAUGCUAUUGGGAGGGGUAUACAUCCGAAAUUGAUCAGUCAGGGGAGUUCAGGGUCGUAUUUUGUUACGAAUAGCCGUGGUAAAACGGUGGCAGUUUUUAAACCUAAGGACGAGGAGCCGUAUGGUAAUCUUAAUCCCAAAUGGACAAAAUGGUUACAUCGAAAUUUAUUCCCUUGUUUCUUUGGUCGAAGUUGUUUAAUUCCUAAUCUAAGCUAUGUGUCCGAAGCGGCGGCAAGCUAUCUUGACCGACAAUUACGAACGUUUAUAGUGCCAUAUACCGACUUGGUUUGGCUCUCGAGUAAAUCUUUUCACUAUGAUUUCUGGGACCGUCGGGCGUUUUAUAGGAAGGGGAAGCCUCUCCCUGAAAAGGUGGGGAGCUUCCAAGUAUUCUUGAACGGAUAUAAAGACGCGACAACCUUUUUGAAAGAACACCCGUGGCCGGAUAGAUAUAAUUCCUCCUUUCAACAGGAGGGAUCGAAGAGGAGGAGGACUGGGUGGACUAGCUCGUGUAGGACAUCUCGUGAUGAUGACUAUGCAGAUGAAGAGGCUGGCUUUGAGGAGUCGGAAGGGUUGUCAGAUGAGACAGAGAAUAGGGGAAGAUUCUUCUGGACGGAUACACUACGGCAAGCAUUUCGGGAGGAGCUGGAGAAACUUAUCCUAUUGGACUAUCUGAUGAGGAAUACGGAUAGAGGGGCGGAUAAUUGGAUGGUGAAGAUCGAUCGGGAGGCACAGUCAGUACAGAUUGUGAGUUCCUCACCAAUGAGGUUACCAGUUGAUCCUGGGGAUAUCGGGGGCAGCUUGGAUGAUGAAGGGGGCCAUCUGAAAGCACCAUCGCCAGGGUAUAAAGCUCAUAAGCCGAUGAGUAUAAAUUCUAGGAGCGGGACGCCGUUGAGUGCUGGUGUGGAGAAGGUGAAUAUCGGAGCGAUUGAUAAUUCCUUGGCAUUCCCGUGGAAACAUCCUGACCAGUGGAGGAGCUUCCCGUAUGGAUGGCUGUUUUUGCCGGUUUCAUUGGUGGGGCAGCCGUUCUCACAGAAAACGAGGGAUCAUUUCUUGCCGCUGUUAACGAGUACGAAGUGGUGGGCGGAGACACAAAUGGGGCUGAAGGAGAUAUUCAAACAGGAUGCGGAUUUCAAAGAGAGGAUGUGGGCAAAGCAGUUGGCUGUAUUGAAAGGGCAAGCUUUCAAUAUUGUGGAAACUUUGAAGAUGGCCGAUUCAGGUCCCUUGGAGUUGACAAGACGGACAAGAGUACAUGUUUGGGAUGACGAAAUGGAUAUACCUGUGGCAGUCCCAUUGACUGUGCCUUCGUCCGAAGCCAGGCUUAGGAAUCAGGCUGAGAUUAUGAAUGGCGAAGUUGAUAUUGGAACAGGUACAGCAUCUGCACCUGUACCAUACAGGAAUAUGAACGCGCUAGGGUCACCAACCUCAGAGCUGCCCAGAGCUCAGAGGUUUGGUCUAAAUUCAGGAUUUAACGGGAAGUUUUCCGAAGAAGCAGAGUAUUUGGAGUCAGCACUUAUAUCGCCGACGUCGGAUGUCGGGAUUCAGGACCAACAGAGGCCUCAAAAGAAGAAGAAAGGCAAGUCUGUUGACGAGGGCAGGGUUAGUUUUGAUGGGAGAUCGCAGAAUUCGUGGUCAAAGGCGUUGGGAAUGAAGGGAGGAGGCGGGGUAAGGAGGGGUUUGUCGUCUGUGUCUACAGCAGGCAGCUCGAGGCGGGCUAGUGUGUUUGGGGCUUAUGAUGAAGAGGAAGGGGAUCUAGGAUUUUCGGCUGCAGAAGGGUUGGAGAGUUCACAUAGGAAGGUUAUCGUAGAGAGGCUGGAGGCAGUUAAGUCGAAGCCGCCGGUGUUCACGUGGUGUUAA